AUGUCUACUAUUUCCGCCUUGAAGCAUAUAGUUCGUCGCCUUAUUGAACACAAGAUUGACAUCAAAGACUUGGAAACAAUCCUGGACAAUCCUAUGCCGCUCGUAGUAGACUCGUUGACCCUGCAAGAUUUCCAGAAGAUCCUUAGUCUCACCAUGGUUGUGGAUAAUGAGUUCGACUUUAUUGCGCCUGUCCCCAUCCCGCCAGAUCUCAAACUUUGGCUGGAAAAAUUCGACCGCGCUCAUGGCACCAGUCGCGAUGAAGCCCUCAUCCGCUGCAAGCUAAACCUCCUCCUUAUGGAACGGAUAUGGGCGUAUAGCCCUGUGAAAUGGAAGGGGAAGACAUGGGUACUGUCGGGGCGGCCAGACUACGGCAUUUGGUACGGAGAGGAGGAAGACAUCGACUUAAACGUUGUCAUCAUGGAGGCCAAGAAACUGGCCAGUGGUACCGUAGGGAUUCCGCAGGCGCUGGCAUAUAUGGGGUGCGUCCACAAGCAGCGCAAAGAACUUGGCAAGGCAGACACCACUGUCUACGGAAUUUCCACCGAUACCAUUACUUUCACGUUCAUGAAGCUCGACAAUGAGUCUCGGUGGUCAUUCAAAAUGGUCGGUGUCGUUGGAAAUGGGUUCGAACAAGUGCUUGGUCUGCUAGUCUACCUGAUGGAGAAAGCAGCUUCGAUAUCACCUGCCGCCUCUGAACACACGUCUCGCCGGACACAAGAAGAAUCAUGGGAGUCUGACCUGAUCUUCGACUAUGACCCUGAGAUGGAUGUUGAGACAGAUGUCGAGACAGAUGAAUGGUUUGGUCCCGCAUUCGUCCUCUAA